AUGGCAUCGGAUGACAUCAAGCCAGAGGUCCAUGUCAUGCCAUCGCCCUCCCAACCAGCCGGCACAACGCGGGAUUUCGACGACAGGAUGACCACGCACAUACAUCCAGCUUCCUCGCCAGACUCGAGUACCGGCGGCGCUGCCCGUCCCGCGUCUAGCUCAACUACAGCACCUGCUGCCUGUCUCGCAUGUCGGGCCAAGCACCUCAAAUGCGAUGGACAAAAGCCUUGCCGUCGCUGCACUGGCAACGACUUGGAGUGCGUCUAUGUAGCCUCUCGCCGAGGAUACAAGGGUCCUCGAAGGAAAUACACAACCGAUCCAGUCAUCGCGGGCGGCGGCGGCGCGUCGGCCAAGAGAAUACGGCAGAGGUCAAUAGCUUCGUCAUCGGCAUCGACGUGUUCAGCGUCGAGUUCUGAUGGCAGCAGGACGCACCGUGGCAUGACCAUGACUCCGGCCAGGUCUGCGGUCGGCGCCUCUACCAUGCUAGCCGGCGAGAUACCCCUGCCAACGAUAGAGGUGGGCUGUGGCGUGCCGGAGCAGGAGAUCGGGCCGGUCUUUGGCAUCCACGGCGGCAUGAAUGGCGGCGACAUGUCCAACUCGGCCUCGCCACAGUGGGCAAACAUGAUGCUCGGCGCGUACCACACGCCGCCGCCGCCGCCGGCGACAACCUCACCAGCAAUGUCCCAGCUGUCCUACAACACGGUGAGCCCGGGCCUCGUCGGCACCCAGUUCUCCCAAGUCCAGCUGCCGACUGCGCAACCCCUCGGGCCAUCAUAUUACGACCAGUGCAUCGACGCAUUCUACGCCAGCUUCUACCCUGCUUACCCCGUCGGCCCGCCCAGGCAGCGGCUGCUCUCCCGCGCAUACAAGCUCGGCAACACGGAGCUGUGCCCGCUGAUGACGGCCAUCCGCUGGGCCGGGUCGCGGUAUCUCGAGCCGUGGCCCGGCAGCCUUGGGGGCCUGGGGAACCUGGGCGAGGUGGCCAUGCAGCAGCUCUACUCGCCCGCGUCCGCCAGGGACGGGUACCUCGUCCAGGCGAUGGUCAUAGUGGCCAUCUGCCUCGACGGCGACCUGCAGCGGGACGCGGCGCGCGCGGUGUGCGCCGACGCGGAGCGCCUCGCGCUCGAGAUUGGCAUGUACUCUGGCUCGUACGCGGCGGUCCACGGCCUGGGGGACCCACAGCUCGAGGAGUCGUGGCGCAGGACGUGGUGGGAGCUCUACGCGGUCAGCACGGCCAUGAUGAGCGUGAGCGGCGGCGGCGAUAAGCCCGUCGAAGGGCUUAUCGUGUACGACGACGACAUCGCACAAAACGGCAAUGUCAAUAUGCCCGGUGAACAGGACAUAUUCGCCACAGGGUACAGAUACCCACCUCUGAUCGCCUGA